GCUUCAUGAGUGCCGAUGCGUUGGACGCGAGGGCUUCCCCUAUUUGGGACUUUCGCAGAAAUGCGAGCAACCAACUCGUGGUUCUAUGCAAGAUUUGUGCAGAUGGGAUUGAGCGGAACGGAGCGCUGAGCCAUCGCACCCGCCACGAGGGCAGUCAAUCCCAUAAAAGGGCCUUAAAGAGACGUAAUGAAGCAGAGGACGAGACAGAGCUGCUUCUGCGUGGUGCGAGCAGCGUUGAUCCGGCACAAAAUGCCACUAUCUCAGACAAGGACAUCGCGG